AUGCCUCUUCUUCCGAAGACAGAGAUGACCCGGCUCUGGUUUAAGGCGGCGGCGGUCCUCCUCUGGCUCGUUCCCGGGUGUCUGGGUGCUGCAGCCCGGCUGUACACGGAGGAAGACCCGCUAACGAUCCUGAGCGGCAGCAGCCUGAAGUCCACGGUUGCUAACUCGUCCUCGGCCUGGCUGGUCCAGUUCUAUUCGUCCUGGUGCGGACACUGUAUCCGGUACUCCAGCACAUGGAAGGCUCUGGCCCAGGAUGUCAAAGGUAAUGUACUUUCUCUCACCCUCCCGUCCCUCCCCCGUCUUGUCCCUCCCCUACCCCCCCCUCCCUCUCAGAUAGAGCACUUUGACCUCUGUAAAGAGUACGGCAUCAAGUUCUACCCCACCUUCAAAUAUUUCCAGGCUCACGCUGCGCCCACAGACAGAGGGACCAUCUACUCAGGCGCCGACAGACAAUUGAAGACCAUGAGACAGUUGAUGGUCAACAUCCUACAGAAGCACACCAGGCUGACCUGGGCCGACCACUGUCCUCCACUAACGCCCUACAGUUCUGUGGAGCUGCUGCCUCUGUUAGGUCAGAAGUCCGAUCACUACUCCGCCGUCAUCGUCGAGGAGCCGGGCUCUUACGUGGGCAGAGAGGUGAUCCUCGACCUGCUGCAGUUUUCAGGGGUGGAGGUAAAGAGAGCCCUGAGCUCCGAUCUCCCCCUGCUGGACACCCUGGAAAUCAAAAGCUUCCCAUCCAUUUACCUGCUGCAUCCAAACGGCACUCACACACAUCUGCACGUUUGGAAGAGUCUUCGUUUCUUCAUCUCUUCGCUGCUGAAAACGUUACCAGGGGUUCAGCGUCGGUUUAAGUCAAACGGCAGCAGUUUCAAUGGUCAGGAGGGGGCGCAGCUUGACAAACAGAGCGCAAAGCCGUGGAGAGACUUCAACAGGUCGGAGGUCUACACGGCUGAUCUGGAGUCAGCCCUGCACUACCUCCUGCGAAUUGAGCUGGCUACCCAUAAUACCCUGGAAGGGGAGGAGCUAAAGAUCUUUAAGGACUUUGUUAUUGUGGCUGCAAAGCUUUAUCCAGGUGGAGGUUCGGUGGUGAAGUUGAUGGAGACGCUCUCUGAUUGGCUGCUCAGUCUGCCCCUACAACGAAUCCCGUACCAGGCUAUUCUGGACCUGGUGGACAAUAAAAUGAGGAUCUCAGGCGUGUUCCUGGGAAAGGAGCUUCGAUGGGUCGGCUGUCAGGGCAGCAUAGCGGGACUCCGAGGUUACCCGUGUUCUCUGUGGACCCUCUUCCACGUCCUGACUGUGCAACAUGAUGCCACGCCCACUGCGCUGGAAAACACAGGGUUGGACGGGGAGGCGGCUCCGGUGCUGCAGGUGAUGCGUCGCUACAUCCGCACGUUCUUCGGAUGUAAGGAGUGUGGGCAACACUUUGAGCAGGCAGCUGCGUCCAGUCUGGACAAGGUCAAGAACCCAGAGGAACAGAUUCUAUGGCUGUGGAACCAGCACAACAUGGUCAACUACAGACUCGCAGGGACACUGAGCGAUGACCCGCUCUUNNNNCCGAGCCCCUCCCUCUGUCCGUCCUGCCACGAGGAGAAAAACGGCGUUCACGUCUGGAACCAGGACAACAUCCUCCAGUUCCUUCGACACCACUACGGAGCCUCCAACCUGUCCCCCAAGUACUCCCUCACCCCUCCACAGCUCCCCGCACUCCCCCCGAUCCCCGACCCUUUGCCGACCGGCCGGCCGCAGGAGGAGCGUGGAGCGGGAGACGAUGGCAAGGUGGAGGAGAAGAAACCUGACGGACCUCUGAAACCUCACCCUGGACCAUUGAAUCCCAGGGUGGAGGGCAAGGGUGACGAGCCAAGGCACAUAGGAGGAGGAGGAAGAGCAGGAGGAGGAUCAGCAGCAGGAGCAGAAGGAGACAAAGGAGUGGGAGGAGUCUGGAUCCUGGGUCUGGGCUUCAACAGUGUGGACAUGAGUCUCUGUGUGGUCCUCUACAUCUGCUCCUGCCUCUUCCUCAUGCUGCUCUUCUUCUUCUUCAAAGUGCGAUCCCGAAGGUGGAGACUGAGGUACUCGCGCCUCCACGUCUGACCCGGGUCAGGCCGGUUCUGACCGGGCAGGUAUUCGGGACCUCUCUUAAAACACUUAGAGGUCGGUUCAACAAAGUCCUGAUCUGAACAUGAGGUAUACGGUCACUGCCCCACUCCACAGAGAUGAUUCUAGAACGUGUUGAAGUUGGAUCUGGUUGUUGUUGUUGUGGUUCGGACCAGAAUCCAUCAGGACCUUCAACACCCGCUGGUGUUGAAACUUUUACAAUUUGGAACAUAGAACCAGUUCUCAGUACUUGAUAUUAGUGUCUUUCCACCAUUCUGGUGUGACUGGUUUAGACACAUGAACAUGUAUCUGUGUGUAUCAUGUUCUACCAGGACAAAACUGGAACCGGAGGUGAACUUGAGCAGAUUGUUUUAUUUUUUAGUGUCAUAAUUCUCUGAGAACCCACUGAAUGACGACACACCCUUCACACAGUCCCGCCUUCAUGUGAACAGUAUAUGUGUGUGUGUGUGUGUUCUGCUAUUUAUGAUAUUGUGAGGACCACAGGUCAAAAAGGUCCAGGACUUUUGUAAUGUGGGGACAUUUUAAGUCCGAGUUGAGAGUAAUUGUGUGUGUGUGUGUGUGUCAGUGCGUGUGUGUCUGUUACUGUUACUGUGUAACAUGGACCCAUUCUAAUCAAUUUUUUCCUGAUCCAGGAAUAAUUAUAGGUGAGUUUGGUGCCGUCUAGUGGUGAGCAAUUAUUUUUAUAACGCUAACUGUGAAAGUGGGAACUCCAAGACACCAAGAUGAGUAGAUUUGUCGCUUAUCCAUCAUAGUAUAAAACCAAAAUGACAAUGAUAUUUGACAGAUGAAGCGCAGCAGCAGAAAAUUGGCGACAUGUUGACAUUCAAAGUAUUUUUGCCAGAAUAUAGAUAUGAAAGUCAAAACGCUUAAAAAAAAAAAAAAAAAAAAAAAAGCACAAAAUGUUUUCUUUUGUAAGUUUUAAUUUUUAGGUAAAUUUUUAAACAGUUGACAGGCUUUUAAAUUUUAAUUGUUAUUUUAAUGAUUUGUUAAAAAAAUAAAUAUCAUUAAGCACAAACAAACCGAUAAUUUAGUGUAGAUUUGGUGAAAUUGUGCUCUCCAGUCAGGCUGUGUACCAGAGUAGUAACUUCAUCUGCUGUACUAGUACUAGUACACGCCCCAAAUUUGAUAUACAAGGUCCAUAAAUGUUCAGUAAGAAUUGUGAGAGGGAGUACUACUGCGGCGGGUAUUGGGUAUUUAUUUUUCCUGUUAAUAGUGCUUUUUAUUGUUUCACUAUCCUUUUCAGGGUGCAACGGGGCAUCGUCUUGUUUUUUUCCUUGUCUCGUCCACAGUCUGUACCAGGUGAAAGUGUCUCAGUUGUCGAUGUUAUUUUAUUAUUGUUCGUCAGAAUAAAUUUUCUCUCUUUGCACUCCCAA